AUCAGUCGGUUAAUCCCAUCCAGUCAGCCGAGGGCCUUGCACCUUGCACGUCCAGCCAGCGACAACACCGUCGUAUGCGAAAUCCACUGAAACAGUCGUCGACUCGCCCACGUUUUAUCGCGCUCCCUUCGGCACCUCGAUCUCGAAUCGCUCGUUCGUCGCUCUUAAUCGAAGUAGAUCGACGCAGAGUCGAACUUGUGCGAUUUUUAUCAAUCGAAAACCCCCGCGGUUCGCCGGUUGCGAUUCUGUGAAUGAAGUCCAAAGUAGUCCCCUCUUCGAGCGCUUCGAAGCCACUUUUUCCCUCGAAUUUUCGUCCCCCAGUCGCCACCCCUUUUCGCCAAUAACGUGACACGAUUUCCCGUCAAGAUUUCACCCCCGGAUUGAUGGUGAAACAUUUCCGGUGGCUCUUCAAAAAGUCAGCUACUUGAAGGGCCCCCUUUUUUGUUAUGGAAACGUGCGUUCUCAUACCGAGGGAAUUUUCACUUGUGCUCAAACCCAACGAUCGCACACAUUCCAAACAUAAUGCUUUCAAAAACGACGGAACCUCCGUCGUCGGUGACGUACGAAUUUCCGUGUGGACCAACGUUUUCAUUCCCGCUGGCACUCUCAUAUACCCCUUUCAAGGAUCCAUCAGAUUUGACAAGAUCGAUCUUUACUCUCUGCUCGAUGACAACGACAUUAGGCGGGAAUACGGCUGCUACGAUGAGGUCUCUUUUUCAAACUACAAUCUCAACAAACGCCAAUGCAAUUGGAUAAGAUUCCUGCGUAUUGUUAAAACGUACAACGAGCAAGUCAAUCUCAUCGGCACCAAGGUUAAGGGGGAGCCAAUAUUCGAAGUAAUUAAGGACAUCCAACCGGAUACCGAGCUCGUCGCAUGGUUUCUUCCAGCGACUCAUCAAGAUUUCGUUUUUCUAUCGCGGGACGUUUGCUCACGUUCGGCGAUUUACAGAUGCACUAUCGAUUCGAUACUCGCAGAAUCUCCUUUGGAUCUGUCGAUGACGCUCCUCUCGCAUCGCUCGUCCUCGUCGACGCCAAGUUCAUUCUACGACAUCGACGAGUAUGAGUCGACCUCGGAGGAGAGUUCCUCAUCGACGUUGUCCUUGGUAGGGGAUCAUCUGGACUGCAGUAUCCUGACGACGAUAAAGCGAGGGGAGCGUGUACUCCUGCCGUGCGAAGUUUGUGGAAAAUCGUUCGACCGUCCAUCGUUGCUUAAGCGACAUAUGAGGACGCAUACGGGGGAGAAACCGCACGUCUGCAUGGUUUGCAACAAGGGUUUCUCAACCUCGAGUUCGCUCAACACGCACAAGCGAAUACACAGCGGUGAAAAGCCUCAUCAGUGUCUCGUUUGCGGAAAGAAAUUCACGGCCUCGUCGAACCUGUACUACCAUAGAAUGACGCACAUUAAGGAAAAACCUCACAAAUGUUCCCAAUGCUCGAAAUCAUUUCCCACCCCGGGUGACCUCAAGAGUCACAUGUACGUGCACAACGGACUUUGGCCAUUCCGCUGUCACAUCUGCAGUCGUGGCUUCAGCAAACCGACCAAUCUCAAGAACCACAUGCUCCUCCAUCUCGGAAGAUGUUCCAACAAAAAAUUCAUCAAGUCGCUGCCUGACUUGUGA